AUGUCAAAGAAAUCAUCUAAAAAAGAAUUUAAUAAUGGUGUAUCUUGUAAUAAAUCAGAUUCUCAUAAUGAGUGUGCAUUAAAAUUUCGAUCUUCUCCUGCCAUCACACCUUCACUAUACUUUGCCGUUACUCAACAACAAGGUUGGGAAACUGGUGGUCUUCGAUCUGAACAACCUUCAAGAAACACUCAUCCAGACAUGGAGGAUGCUUACUAUGUCCCAUACAUGGCAAAUGAAAAAGUUCAUUAUCCCUCAGAUACUCCUUAUACUUUAUUUGUAUUAGCUGAUGGUCAUGGUGGAUCAAGCGCAUCGAGACAUUUUUGUAGAAUGGUGCCUGAGGCUAUUCAAGAUGUUUUGUGUUCUCAAGCUUCUUGGUCAUUCAGAGAACCUAGUGGUCAACAACUAUUUAGAGAAAAGGUGAAGGAAAUGUACAAAAGACUCGAUAAUGAAUAUUUGAGAACUUUAUUAAUACCACACUCAUUAUGA